UACGGUCCAGACGAUAUCUUCCGUGCCCUAAAAGGAAAAUGCGUGACCCUCGAAGCAGGAGAGUACACCUACGAACAAUGCUGGCUCGGCAGCACAAAGCAAAAGUCAAAGAAGGGCCACGGUCAAAGCAACAUGGGAAAUUUCAAGCGCAUCGCUCGCGAAAUGGCAGAUGAAGAAGACAGAAUCGACGGAAAGAGUCUUGGGCGUGGUGAGCGUAUGUUGUUGAAGUAUGAGGAUGGUCAACAGUGCUGGAAUGGGCCCCAGAGGAGAACGGAUGUCUGGUUGGGUUGUGCCGAGACGGAGGAGUUGUGGAGGGUUAGUGAGAGUGAGAAGUGUGUUUACAGGAUGGAGAUUGGCACGCCUGCUGCCUGUGACUUUUCGAGAUGGGAUGUUGGAAGUCAGCCCAAGAAGCCUAGACAUCGAGAUGAGCUAUAA